AAACGAUCGUUAUGUAGGUCUGAACCCUUCCCUCACACAAUUUCAUCCCAUCUCUCUCUCUCGCUCGCCCUCUCUGUGUCUGUGUCUGUGUCUGUGUCUCUCUGUGUCUGUCUCUCUCUGUCUCGCUCUGUCUCUCUGUCUCUCUCUGUCUCUCUGUCUCUCUCUCUGUCUCUCUCUCUGUCUCCCUCUCUCUCUCUCUCUCUCUCUCUCUCUCUCUCUCUCUCUCUCUCUCUCUCUCUCUCUCUCUCUCUCUCUCUCUCUCUCUCUCUCUCUCUCUCUCUCUCUCUCUCUCUCUCUCUCUCUCUCUCUCUCCUCUCUCUGUCUCUCUCUGUCUGUCUGUCUCUCUCUUGGUGGUGGCGCGCGGGCUACGGGGCCGGUUGGAGUAGCAACCGGAAGCGAGCACGGAGGUCAACGAACAAAGAGGAGGAUGCGGAGCAUGAUGAUGAGUCGGUGGAGCAGGGAGGAGGUGACCAGGUGCUAACACGGAGGUCGGUGGAUGGGGAAGAAGAGGAGGAGCGUUCAGAUGAGUCAGUUGUAGAAGUUGAUAUCGAGGAUGAAGCGGUUGGCGAUGAGGCUGGUGAGGUGGGGUGUGAUUGUGACCUGGAGUUGGAUGUGAAGAAAUCGGCAGUUUACAGGCAUUUGACGACCUACUCUCACUCACGGGGAAACGAGAUGCGACGGCAGUAUGUUGAUGUGUUUAAGGAGGCGGCCAGUGUCAUGCUGGAUAUCUGGGAGGAGCAUGGAAUCGGACGCAGCAUGGAAAUGGGCGGAUACUUCAACAUGCUGACGUUCGACAUGGUACUGCGCUGCACUAUGGGUGCGGAGACAAAUUGUCAAACUCACACGGAUCCAGAUGUACCUGUACUCCGCUAUAGCAAUGCUCUACACGACAUCAUCACGCUAACAUUCCAACGCUUCACCCAACCAUGGUUGUAUCUGGACUUCGUGUUCCUGAACUCUCCCGCGGGUUGGCGCUUUAAGAAGCUCCUGACCCAGACACGCCCAUUUGCUGAGCAAUUGAUCAACGAACGCCGUGCUUUAAUGAAAGAGAAAUCUGAAAGCAACGGCAUAACGGCAGACUUUGACGAACAUCCACAUGACAUGCUAGAUAUCUUGUUGACGUCUACUGAUGAGCAAAGCAUGAAUCUGAGUAAUGCUGACAUCAUGGCUCAUGUGGAAACACUGCUUGCUGUCGGUCACCACACUACCUCCUAUACGCUACAUUGGGCAAUGCACUAUCUCAGCCAACAUCAGCACGUACAGGAGCGGUGUCGUCAAGAAGUGCACACAGUGCUGGAGGCAUGCGGUGGUAUCGAUGAGCUUGCAUCCCAGCACCUCACCAAACUAGUCUACCUCAACCAGACUCUCCUGGAAAUACUGAGAGUGACUGUUACAGGCGGAAAUCUGUCAAGGGAAUUCCCCAAUGGCUGUACGGUUGACGGCAUCACGUUCCCUGCUGGCACAAGAUUCCUUGUGAAUGUUCUUGGUCUUCACCACAACGAGCAGGUCUGGACCGACCCCGAGACAUUCGACCCGGACCGCUUUGCCCCGGGAGCUCAACCCCGGUCACGCUUUGCAUUUCUACCAUUCGGAUAUGGCCGGCACAUGUGCAUAGGCGAGUCAGUAUCACGUAUGGUUCAGCGUCGGGUUAAGUCUGCCGUGGAGUCCAAUUACCAUAAUGUUCAUAUUCGCUUCAUCUACUCCACGGUGCGCAAGAGCUUCACAAUGGAUGAGAUGAAGGUGACCCUGAGUAUAAUUCUGGCCCGCUUUCGCCUCAUGCCCGACCCCGACGCUACAUUGCCCGUGUGGAAGGAGUCCAUUGUUGCUCAACCGGAUCCUGAUGUGCGAAUUCUGCUUGAAACUGUGUAA